AUGACCCGGGCCUUUCUUCUUCUUCUUCGGGGGGAGCCGCAAGAGGCUCUACUCACAGAAUGUGAGUUCGAAAAGCUCAUCACCGCACAGUCCGUAGGACCUCUCAUCCUCAAUUAUGUGUUCGCCACGGGCUUCAAGUCUGCUUUUAGCUUAGCCUUGACCUCGAAGCGGCUCUGGGUUAUCCUCGCUGGCAGCGUUAACUAUUUCGACUUCUACGCCGGCCGCCUUCAAAACCUUGGCCCGUCGGGUGUCUUUGUGAGCGUCACUCCCGAGUUUACCCUCCAAGAAAUGAUGGCAACCCGGCUUACGGAUCCUUAUGGAUUCAAGGCAGCCACUCCCUUUACGGACUGGCAUAAUGCCGCCAUCACCAGAGAAGAAGAUGCUGUAAACACCCUGUUCAUGGUGCGUCAACGACUCCGUGCUGAAGCAAAAAAAUCGAAGAACGGGCCGCAGCAGCCGAUUCCAGCGUUUUUGGACGCGAUCUUCAAUCAGUCUACCCUAAGGGCUAUCCUCGCCCUCAAGGACAUCGAUGCCAUCUUCAAGGCGAAUCAGUUCGUCUCCCUGCCGGCCGACAGUAUAUUCGAGCCACAGAUGAUUUAUGCUGCAACGCGCCUGCAGCUUCUACUGAUCCAAAUUUACAACCAGCGCAACAACAUACAGGUCCUCCACCUACAUAAGACGCCGUUUCUGGACCGACGCGUCCUCGCGAUAGUGCUACGAGCCUGUCCCAAAAUCAUAAUGCUGGGCGUAUACAACUGCCCGUUGAUUCAUUUUGGUGACCUGGUCCCAAUACUGGACCUCAUCUACGAAAUCAACGAGGAAAGAAGGCUCAAAAAUAUGCCACUUAUCGCAGGAUUCGACUUUUUCCCGAGUUUUCAUCCGGGUUUGACUGUGCCCCAAGCCCAGUACCCGAUAUACGGCCUCGCGCCCGACUCCAUGGAUUUGGACAUUGUCCAAAGAGGUGUUUACGCCAUUUUGCUGAAAGGAUAUCUGAAGAGUCGGCACAUGCGGCUCAAGCUGCUGUUCGAGCCGGGCAGGGCGCUCAAAGCGUUCUUGUUCCGCCUUCCAAACCCGCCGCUCAGUAUGGCAACCUUCUUCGACGGCCUCUAUCGAUACCUGGAUGGCGAAGCAUCUUUGGUGCAGCGCCGUCAAGCUCUCUUCGACUUGACCAAGCCAAUACGCCUUGGUUUGGAGCAGAAUCUCGACGACGAAACUUGGUCCCAGGAGGAAAUGGGCCGCUACCUUCCGUUUUGCAGCUCUUGCGGCUACGAGAUGCUGUACGAGCUGUUCCCCGUCGGAACUCGUCGGGUCUACCCACAACGGCGGAUAUGUGCAGCCUGCAGCCUGCAAGAUCUACUCGACAGACAGCCGCAUGACAUGCGCGACUGGAAGAUUGGCAUGCUGGCCAAGAUCAUGCCAGACUGGGACGGAAAGGUCUUCAACAGGGAUGCGCCCAUCGGCCACCAAACGUCGCCCGGGAGCGACUUGAUGCACCUUCAAACUACGGCGGCAUCGCGAGAAGAGGUGUCGCCUCUUCACGUCGGGCCAGAUGGCCAGCUGGCGGCGACGCGCCACGUUAUCCAGCUCCUGCGGGACAACAAGUACACGACAGACUCCCUCCAGAAUCUGCCCUCGCUGCAUGAUCUGGUCCAGGACCACGCGGCUUUUGACGGUCGGUGGGCAGAGCUGUUCAACCGCUGCAACGAAGCAGACAUUUACAUACGCGCUCGGCGACGCCUCCUGGACGAAACGAAGCGGAGCGAUCCUGAUAAGCCGCUUUCAAAGGCACCCAGAGACUGUAACGGGGAAAUAUGGCACAGGCCAAAGCAUGCUCGAGAGGUACAGAGCUAUAAUUACUUGUCGGCCGCCCAAUUUCACGCGGCUUCUGAAUUCAAGGGCUGGUGA